UUACAGCGCAGAAUCGCAGUGUAGCAGACAACUGUGUGACGAGAAGGUAUUGUAGAUUGUAGGGUGAAAAAUGUUGCGCUGUAUUACGUUACCGCCUUCUCUUAAUCAGGGCUUAGCAUCCCUGAUACGCAAUAAUAUUACUUUAUCAGGAUGUCCUGGAACUUUAGUCAAUCAAGCCAAACAUAUGGUCACAGACGCAGUAGUGCAAGAAAGUGGACCUUCCUUGCCACAAAAAGUAAAAAAGAAGCCCUAUAGUCCUUUCCAAGAUACCAACAAUAUCGCUGAAUAUGCAGUGGCACGAUUAGAUGAUCUUAUAAAUUGGGGUCGCAAAGGAUCACUAUGGCCUCUUACAUUUGGUCUAGCCUGUUGUGCAGUCGAAAUGAUGCAUAUUGCAGCUCCAAGAUACGAUAUGGACAGAUAUGGAGUUGUAUUCAGAGCCUCUCCAAGACAAGCUGAUGUUAUUAUUGUUGCUGGUACUCUCACAAAUAAAAUGGCACCUGCAUUGAGAAGAGUGUAUGAUCAAAUGCCUGAACCCCGAUGGGUCAUUUCAAUGGGAAGCUGUGCCAAUGGUGGUGGUUAUUAUCAUUAUAGUUAUUCUGUUGUCAGAGGAUGUGAUAGGAUUUUGCCUGUGGACAUAUAUGUGCCAGGAUGUCCCCCAACAGCAGAAGCUUUAAUGUAUGGCAUCCUUCAAUUGCAGAAGAAGGUGAAACGUAUGAAAGAUGUACAGUUAUGGUACAGAAAAUAAUGUAAAUGUACAUAAUAAUUGUAAUAGAUCAUAUAUACAUGUUGAUAUUAUAAUAUAACAUGUUGGUAUAUAAAUAUGAUAAAAGUAA